AUGUCAGUUAAUAAAUCGCCUAUUUUGAUUGUUGAUGCACAUUCGAACCCAUCAGAGAAGAAGAAUACUUUGAGCAAUCAUCGCCGUAACUUGAUAUGGAUCACAUAUGAAGACAAGCACGAUAAUGAGUCUCAACAACUUCUCUUCCAAAUGCACGAUCUGCUCCAACACUACAGUAAUAUUUGCCUUGAGGAGCAGGGAAUCCAUGUUUCGGCCACCCGAGCGGAUGUUCAUCCCUAUCAACAAUCAAAUAUUCCUGUUCCAUUCCAAACCAUGGACGAGUUUCACGGACUUCAUGCAUUAUUUCAGCACAUGUUUGGCGAUGAUUAG